AUGGAACCGUGUCAGCAGGAGGGGCCGCCUUCAGGGGCAGAGGAGGGCGGGGCGGGAGGCGGCGACGGCCGCGGGGAAGCGGGAGAGAUAUCGGAGGACGGAGGCGGCGUGGGGGGCCCCCAGGCGCGCGGCCGGAGCGCGGGAGUCGCGGGUGCGGAGGAGGUCGACGAACUGAGUCCGCCCCUGAGGUUCCUAUCCCUCGACGAGGAGGCCAUCAAGGUCAGGAUGAGGCGGAACAUACAAAGCGUCGUUCGAAGGAAGCAAGAGCACAAGAAGGAAGAUGAAGAGCUUGAAGAGCUCAACAAACAGAUCGGGAGCAUACUGGGCGGAGAGGAUUUGGGCGGGGAAUGCGCCCAAGACGCGCCGGCAGCGCCCCCGGCGUGUGCCAGCGACGGCCAGGGGCCGUGCCUUCAGGCGUCCUCGACUCCGGUUGAGGGUGAGAAUGGGACGAACGGCGGCAGUCAUGAAGUUCCCCCGUGUGAGGAGACCGACCUGACGGGUGGAAACGACGUCCCAGACGCGGACCAGUCGUCGGAAUCUUGUGGCGCCGAUGCGCCUUGCCCUCUCGCCGGUGCCCAGGGCCCACCCGAUUCAGAAUUAGAAUCGACUGAGAAUGGGCUCGAGACGGAAGAGCCUGUGGGAGUCGGCGGAUCCGCCGGGCAAAGGGCUGCUUACGCUUCGGAGGAGCCUGGCCUGACGCCUGGAGGGAAGGCGCCGGGUGGCGGCACGAGGGGAUACCAGGCGUCCGGGUUGCCAAUUGACCAGGUGAUGGACUUGAUGGAGUCGCUGCGGCUGCCGAUAGGCUACGGGAAGACAAAGAGACCGGGUCACCCGAAGGGAAGCAUUGGAGGAAACCAAAGGCAACAGGGCAGCAAGUCCUCCUGUCGCCCCGCUUCUGCACCUGUCAGUAGCAAAGGCAGCAAGGCCAAGAGGCUCAUUCGCGAACUUGAGCGCAAGCCAAAACUACGCGACCUUGAGGGGGCCAACCCGGGGGCGAGCGAUGCACGGAGGGCUGCUGUAGCAGAGGGAACACGCUCAGGGCGAUUUUCGGGCAGUGGAUCAAAUGGGGAACUGGUGAGCCAGAGCGCAUUGGAGGGUGCGGGAGUGGCGGUGGACAGAAACUCAUCCGGGCUUCUGGAUGAGCAGGAGUUCAUCCGACUGAUGCACAUGGAACAGUCGCUGGAAGAGGAGCUUCUUGGCAUCGAUCGGACACUGACAGCAAAGCUGUCAAUGACCAGACUGGCGGCAGGGACCAUGGCAGUGACUGCAGCAGAGGCCGCAGCAGCAGGCAGCCCUUCCCAGGUUCACGGCGCGAAUGGCACACCGGGCAGUUCUCUUCACUCUGUGCAGGGAUCGGCCCCAAGAAAACCCAGUGGCCUCUCAGAGACACAGCGGACUCAGGGAAGGGAGCCCCCAGAAUGGCUGGGAUAUGCUGCGCGAUCUAAGGUUGCGCGAGCAAGAAAUCCUCCCGAUGUUCCAUUCGAGAACCCACCGCAAGGGCAUGUCAGCGCUGCAGAGGUCCUGUACCCCCCACCGCCCUCCGAGCACUGCCCCUCCCACGCCGGACACGUCAUGGAUUGCCUCCAGGGGUGGAGCAGCCCACGGACUCGCACAGCGCCCCGGAACUGGAGCACGGUGUAUGACAGGACAUACGCCUGGAAGAAGAGGGCUGAGAACAAGUGUGUCCUGGAGAAGAAGAGGAAGGAUGAUGACUCCUUGAAGGAGUGCACGUUUUCACCGAAUAUUAACCGCAAAGGAUCGCCGAAAGCAGAAUGUGAAUCCAUGUCGGUGGGUCUCUGCAGAUGUUUUUCGUUGUGGUAA